AUGCAUAUCAUAUUGUAGUGUAUUGUUCUUGCAAUAUUCACUAUUACUACACACUCCUAAAGUUGUCUAAAUACAAGUGGAAAAGAAGUAGAUUGGUGGUUUAUCUUAAAAAUGCCUCUAAACUCUACUUAAAAAUGGACAGGUAAAUAAUCAUAAGAUAUCAACAUUAGGUCUGGAGUAUUUUUAUUGUGACAGUGUGAAUAAUUGCAAGGAAUUCAAUUUAUAAGAUGACGAGUUGAGUUCGAGUACAUCUCCUCUAAUGUCGACAAUCAAGUAGAUUAAUUUUGAAGAUAAUAAUUUCGUUAACAUGUUAUGGAGCGAUUAGCCAAUAAAAGGCACUACUUAUUCUAGUAAUGCUCAUUCUAAGGGUAUAAUGAGUGCAAAAUUAGAUGGAGAUAAAAAUGCGUUUAUUAUCUCUCACUCAACACCAAGAUUCCCAAAAUUAGAUGAUUCUGGAAAGUAUUAGAUUUAUAUAAAAAUUUAGAAUAGCCGACGAUGUACAUGAAAAUUUUCCUAAAUACGGAUAACAUUUUUUAUGUCUCUCUACGACAUCAGAUGACAUAAAUGAUGUUUUAGCAUAAAUGUAUUACUAAGCUGAAAUUGUGAUUUAUAAGGUCGGCUCUACUCCUAGGAGUAAAUUAUUUAACAAAGAUAAUUAUAAAGAAUUAGAUAAGUUAUGGUACUCUAAAUAAUCUGGAAAGAUAGGAAAACAAGAGCCUUAUCGUCACCGUGUAAGAAUCUUCAUUUAUAAUUGUAAAGACACCUUAUCAUAGUCACAAUAUAUUUACUACAAGGGGAAAUCAGGAAUUUUCAGUAUUUUCAUAAAAUUAAAAGUAUAAUCAAGAUAUCUACUCUCAAUUAAUUGUUAAAACAUUUAAUCAAAAUUUGAUUAUGGAAACAUGGGUAAGAAAACCUCAUGGAUCGGGUCUGGAAGAUGCAGUAUGCAACACUUAUGAAACUUUGUCUAAUAAAAAAGUAUCCUUUUCUGGAAAGAAUAAAAGUAAGGCGAUUAAGUUUGAAUAUUCCUACACUAAAGAUCAUUCAAAAUAUGGAAUAACUUUUAUAAAAGAAGCUCCAUCUACCUCAAGAGGAGGAUCAUUUAUCGCAACAGAUUAUUCACAUCCAUCUUUAAAAGGAUAAAUCUUUGUAAGUGGAAAGAACCGAAGUAAAAGGAGUCUAGAACAAGAAGAUAUCUAUUAAUGGGAAGAAGAUGCAGGAGGCAAAACAUCUUUUGAUAUGCAUGUUCAUCCUGAACCUGCUGCCACAAAGAGGAAGGCAGAUCAUGAUGAAUCCCAUUCCCCAAUAAAAAAAAGGGCAACAGAUAAAAAUAAACCAUAUGUUUGUCUUAGUGAUUUGAAUAGACAGUAAUCUUAGUGGACUAGAGGAGGAGUUGUCUACUGUUUUUAAAAUGAGUAUCUAUGGAAGCAUCUUGAUAAGGCAUUUGUUGAAAGACAAGAUUGCGAUAGUUGA